AUGCCGAAGGUGAACGACACGACCCUAUUGACGGAUUACUACUCGGACAACUCGUCGCAGAGUCGAACGUCCACUGUGAACAUCUACUCGCCAUCGGAGGCUGUUAUCGACGGCUGCGACAUCGAAUCUGACGGAAGCCUGGCGAGCACUAUCGUCUUGGACAAUUCUGAAAGUGUCGUUGUCGAUGCGGCGACUUCGCCCGUAUCGAUACGAGCAGAUUACGACGAUAUCUCCGACUCGGCAUUCACUCCACAGUUCCACCGACUCGUGCGGACGCCAGCUCCGGACUACCACGGAGCGCACGCAGCCCAACGAAAGCAUUCAAACAUAUGCAACACGGCUUAUAACGACACGCCGGCUACCCGCCCGCCUACAUCCGUGCCGUUUGACGAAUGCACAUCGUCGGGGAGUGAGGAGUCGGCACACGCCAUUGGCAACAUCAUUCCCGGUCAAAACAUCCAACAUAUCUCAGGCUUGAGCGAUGACAUAACAUCCCUUUGGAUACCAGAACAUACGCACGACGAAGCAAACCACACUGAAGAGGAACGCUCAGCAAAUAUUCAGAACGAUGCGACACGUCCGAUAAGGAUUUCAAGAGCGACAUACUACAGUGAUGUCGUGCACUUUGAUUCUGGGGAAUUCGCCGCCGGGUCAUCAUUGAAAAACGACGGCGAUACGUCAGACGAUGAGCAUCCGGCAAGGAUUUCAGCAGCGUGCUACUACAGUGAUGUCGUCCACACUGACCCCGCAGAAUCCGCCGCCGAGUUAUCAUCCAAAAAUGACGACGACACGUCAGACGACGACUACCAUGUCCCGUACCAACCGCUGCCGUUGCAACAUCCGGAUGAACGCAGGGACAGCAGUAGUGAUUACGAUGACCCAUACCAAUGUCGCAAGCAGCGUGUCAGCCAAACAGCUGCCCGUUAUGCCCCCUACGUAACUCGACCCCAUCAUGGUCGACGAGAAAAGUAUAAGUUUCGGAGUACGCCGCUUCAUGUCACACUUGUACAUCGACGACGCGUCCGUGAAUCAACGUCAGACGACGCCAUUCGCCAGAUUCAAAUGAUAGCCGAUCUUGUCCAACAUUCCAAGCAAAUAAACUUUAUUUCGGAGUCAGACUUCAUCGA